AUGGAAGCGGCAAGACUGGCCGUGGGAAUCGAUUUUGGAUCCAGCAAGACAGUGGUUUCAUAUCAAGAGUCUAGCUCCGCUCACUUGAGUCCUCACCGUCUCUGGCUUCACGAGAGUCCUAUCAUUCCGUCAACAAUUGCUUAUAUCUCGGAUGACAAAUGCUAUAUUGGCAAAGCCGCCCAGAGGUGUUCGAACUGUAUCUACUGGCUAAAGCAUCUACUGCAUGAAUCAUGUAAAAUAGAUGACUCAGGUGACACACCGAUCCAGGACCUUGUCCGGAUGGUACGGAACGGACUGCCUCAACGGCAGCGAGACAAUCCCUACAUUCUGGUAGCCGACUUCCUUCGGGUGCUGUUACAUCACCUCCGGGCCGAGCUGGAAUGUAUUCUUAACCUCAAAAACCUCCCCCGAGUGUACACUUUUACCGUUCCGGCUACUUGGUCGGAGCACACCCGCAUGAUGAUGAGGAAAGCCAUUCAGUUGGCAGGCUUUGAACAUCGAAACGCAACAGUCUGCUUCACCACCGAGGCCGAGGCGGUUGCCAUGUAUGCAGCCACUGAAAGAGGAAUCCACAUGAGACUGUUCAGCGAGUUGUAUGAUGGUGUGAUUGUCUGUGAUUGCGGCGCAAGUACGAUUGCGACAAGCAAGGACUUGACUGCCUUUUUAGUCGACCAACCACCCCCUUCCUUUGGGUACCAAAGGUUAACCGCGUACACCACCUGUGAGGGCCAGAACCAACUUGCGACGAUUUUCAACCAGAAUUCGUCGUUCAAUGAUGGCUCCUACAAGGAGGUUUUUAUGGAUGUGCCACGCACCCACGAUGGAGAUGCACGCAUUAUGAUUAUAGCAAGCAACACGCCAGUAAGCCUAAACCAAGUUGAUGGACUGGUUGUUGGCACAAUUGAAAGCAAAACUUCCCGAAUGCCGACCAACUUAACACCUAUACCACUGGUGGUCGAAUGUCAAGCCACCGUGAGAUUCGAGAAGGACCACCUCCCACCAGAACGGGUCCUUGGUCUAGCCGUAUAUUAUGGAGAAGCUUUUGAUAAGCGACUAGUGGGCCACAUGAGAGUACUCAUGUAG